AUGCUACGAUAUAUCGGCUGGAUAUGGCCCCAACAAGCCCAACGUCAGUUCCUGACACUUAAAGAAGGGAAACCUCCUGCCAUUCUUUUUGCUGCAAUUGCCAAUCCUGUGCCACAAUACUCGGGCACCAGACACAAUGUUGGAAACUGGGCCCUUGACCAAGUGCAAAAAGGUAGAUCAGACGUGCCGCCUUUCAAAUCGUCCAGAACGUACCGUGGAUACUCAGCAUCAGAGCCUCUGGAGCUUAAUGCUGUCUUCCUCAAGUCCACUCAGUCAUAUAUGAACUUACAAGGAAGGCCCAUCUCGAAGGCAUGGCUGCAGUUCAAGAAAGCUUACCCCAAUCACUCAGCAGCAAUGGUUAUCCUCCAUGAUGAAAUCCAAAUUCCGCUUGGAAAGAUUCAGAUUAGAAGGCAGAAUACAAGUGCUAGAGGUCACAACGGUCUUCGUUCCAUAGAUAGCACAAUUGGUCCAGUUUACACAAAGAUAGGCAUUGGCGUGGGUAAGCCAGAUAACAUCCCAGUUGAUAAGCAUGUUUUGUCGAAAUUUUGUUCGGAUGAGCUCGAAGUCUUAACCGGGGAAAGCCUUCCCCAGAUCAAAGCCAUCAUCGAUGAUAUGCUCCAGGGUAAGUACAUCUACGAUAAGCAAUAG